CAUAAUCGAACUAUACACUCAAAAUGCUUGUGUUAUACUUCAUUUUCGUUUUAUUAGCAACAUACUGGAUUUUCAAAAGAUCAAAUUAUUCUGUUAAGAAAGCACCCGGUCCAAAAGGUCUUCCAAUCGUAGGGAAAGGUCUGGAGUUUAACUCACAAAAUUUACUCAAGAAAUUGAAUGAACUGGCUAACGAAUAUGGGGACUUUUUUGUGGUGAAUAUGUUUGGUAUCGAUUAUUUGAUUUUAAACUCCGAGAAAGUUAUGAGAGAAGUUAUUAUGGACAAGCAUCUUAAAGCCUUUACUAACGACCGUGGACCGACGUUCUGCGGCGAGUAUGGUCAUUAUGGCAGCCAGGGAACGGCCUUCUACAAAGAAGGUUACAGCCAUGUACACAACACUAUGAGGAAAUAUAUGGUCAAAGGGCUACACUUCUACGGAGAAGACGGGAUAGAUAUGUUUGAGAAUAAAAUUUUCUCCGAGCUUGGAAAUCUCAAUGAGAAAAUGGAAAAGAUCAGGAUGAGGGGCGAUGAAGCUGAUAUGAUGGCGCUCCUGCAAAGGUCGCUGUCGAAUGUCGUCUCUAUUGCACUUUCUGGCGAGGUGAUACCGGAAGGGGACGAAGAUGAGGACAUGUUCUGGAACUUCGUCGACUCAAAUAUAUACUUCAUGGACAAUGCCCGUAGCGCCGUUCUGAUGUUCCUACCGUUGCUCCGCUUCUUGCCUGGGACAUACAAACGCAAUUGGCAGCGCCUUAACGACAGCAAAGCGAAACUCAUUAAACACUACUUUGUUGCACAGAAGAAAACCCACAUCCCUGGAAAGCCGCGUGGUAUCUGCGACGUGUUGUUUGAUGCCCAAGAAGAGGAGAAAGCGAAGGGUGACGUCGUCCUCACAGACGAAAGAGUUAUAUGUAACAUAAUGGAAACGGUCAUAGCAGGAAUAACCACGACGUGGUCCAUCCUGAGCUCUACCAUAUUCCUCCUUCUUCACCAUCCCGAGUUCCAAGACCGCCUGGCCAAGGCACUGCAGGCAAUAACAAAACAGGGCGAAGCAGUCAGAAGUGGAGACAAGGCCAAGUCACCACUCAUGGAAGCCCUUGAGUUAGAGACCCAUCGUUUGCUGCUCGUCACCCCAAUGCUUCUAACCCGUGUGUCCAGAAAGGAUGUCGAGUAUAAAGGGUACACAAUAAAUGAAGGAACGAUAAUAAUUUCUAAUGUGUGGAAACUGCAUCAUGACGAAACAAUUUGGGGAGAUCCCUGGAAAUUUCGGCCAGAACGUUUCAUCGACCAAAAUGGUGUGUUGUUACCAAGAGACCACCAAUAUAGAACAAGCUGGAUGCCAUUCGGAAUUGGCAAACGCGCCUGUCUUGCGGAACCGUUCGCCCGCGCUCGCUAUUUCCUGUACGUGGCGACUCUGCUACGCAACUGGAGUUUCUGUCCUCCAAAGGACCAGCCACUGCGGGACUAUGAUCCUCGACACCUGGAGAAUUUUGACAUUGAAUUAACACUGCGGCCCAAACCCUACCUGUGUCGCAUUGAGAAAAGAGAAUGGAACUGAACGUAAAAUGAAACAUUACAAUUUCUGAAUAUUUUAGUAGUAUAUAAAAUACAUUUGGAUUUACAAUUAAAGUUCAUGAACAUUUGAAUAAAUAUUGUUUAUUGACUAUUGUUGACAUUUUGUCAAUAAUAUUAUAGUUUUCGAUGGAUAACUUCAAGAAUUAGUUCAACCAAACACCUGUGUUUGCUUUGGUUAUCGCUAUCCUCCUGCCCCUAUGUUCUGCUU